CAAAAUAAACCUCAGCUGAUUGGAAGGAAUCACGUGGAAAUGAAACAAAACAAUCACAAAUUAUUUGAUAAGGAGCAAUUUUCAGCUAUUUAAUUGAAUUUCUAGUCAUGAAUUGCUCUAAAAAUGCAAGGAGGCUUCUUAAUGUGGUCCUUAGAAGUUACAAAUAUGAGAGACGAUUCGCAUCAACGGACCCAAAAGCGAACGCCGGUUAUUGUAUGGAGAAUGUUCGAAAAUACGACUACGAAAAUUUCCUAGCAACACUUUUAUUGAAGAAUUCCGUGCAAUCAACGAUCACCAUCCGCGCAUUCAACGUCGAAAUCUCGCGAAUCUCACAAAUCACGUCCGAUGACAAAAUCGCCGCAAUGCGUUUGAAGUUUUGGGACGAAGCUAUCGAUAAAAUUUACGAUAAAAACACAGUUAAAGUGCCUGAUCAUCCAGUCGUAAAUGAAGUUCAUCUACUGACACAACGCCAGAAGCUCACAAAACAGUUCUUCAAACGCUUAAUUGCAUGUCGAAAUCGUCCACGGAAUCAGGGCUUCCUGACGAUGAAACAACUGGAAGAAUACGCCGAAGCAAGUGUCUCGAACGUUUAUUACUUGUCGUUGGAAGCGAGUGGCUUAAAAAACGUACAUGCCGAUCACGCGUGUUCGCAUUUGGGCAAGGCGCAGGGAAUUGUGAACAUGUUGCGGUCCAUUCCGCAACUAACACGUGGACAGGGAUUGCCGAUACCGCAGGAAGUGCUCAUGAAACAUGGCGUCAGUCAGGAACGCGUCAUCCGAGCGACAAAAGACGACAAAGGUGUGGAAGAGUGCAUCUUUGAGGUAGCAACAUUAGCACAUCAACACUUGGAAAAGGCACGAAAACUGGUAGAUUCGUUGCCAAAAGAGGCAAAACCUUUCUUGUUACCUGGCGUUGCGGUUCAAAGGUACUUGGAUCGACUGAGACUCGUGAAUUUUGAGUUGACACACCAAACUUUGAUGCGAAGAGACGCGAUGUUGCCAGCCUGGCUCUACUGGAAUCGCCUCAAAGGCACAUUUUAAAAUUCUUGUCGUUUAUUUAGUCAAUAAAUUUAUUUAAUCAUAUCUUAAAAACUAUUGUUAUCGUAUAAUGUUGUCGUAUAAUGAUUGUAAAAGUAAAAAAAAAAAUGCAAAAAUGUAUAUAAAAUGCAUAAA